UGUCUCGGCUGAUCUCGCACCGAUCGCACGCUCGCCCAUCUCUGCCACACGAUAUUCUACGCGCACGUACACCGAUACCUACACCGAACGCACACGUCGGUUCCGCUUGAUCUCUCUUCGAUUCUCUCCUCUCCUCUCCUCCUUUCUCUUUUCCUCUCUCUCUCUCUCUCUUUCUUUCUUCCUUCUUCUUCUUACCUCCGUUCGACUUCUCGACGCUCCUCUUCCCGAUUCAGUCGUCUUUGUCCCUCUUUAUAUAUUUCUUUAUAUAUUUUUUUUUCUCUCUCCUCUUACUCCCACCAUCUUUAUCUAUCUCCUUCGUAUCUCCUAUCCAUAUCCCUACCUCGCCCCCUCCUCCGGAUCGUAUGCCUCUUCCUCAUCCAAGUACAUCAUCAUCGCCGGUCGUUCCCACGAUCACUGUCGCGGCCACCAGCGGUCGACCACGCAGCAGUCGAGGAAGCAGUCGCGUGCACUCGUCGCGUGCGAACGGACUCGAGGAUCAACGAGGAUCGCUCGAUCGUGGCUGGUACCACCGCAAGCGAUCGAUCGAUCGGUUGAUCGACGACGUGGAGGAUAUCCCUCCACGAUAUCAGUUGGUCCUAGUGGGAAAGGAUAUGCGGUGAUCGCACGUUUCAUCUGCCUCAAAACAACAGACGACCAGUGGAGCGAACAAUAACGACGACAGCGUGUAAAAGAGAAGUAAAAGCGCGCCUUCUGGCAACCAGAAUCUGCGAUAUAAAACAGGCGAAACUGUGCGACACCGUACGGUCCGGCACACUUAGCUCAUUCUGAAAGGAGGAUUGACUUUCUCCAGCUGGUUAACCCAACUGUCCAAUAGCCUCUUCCAAGUCGUCGCAUCGCGAGAAAACGAUCACCAGACGAAGAAAACAACACGUGACGUUGAAAGACAGCAACGACGACGACGACGACGACGACGAAGAAGACGACGACGAAGAAGAUAAACAGGACAACAAUAACGUCUUUAAGAAAAAGGUGUGUCUGUGCAUGACUUGAUCUACGAACAUAUCUCCUGAAGGAUCAACCAUCCAGAAAGGUAGGAAAAGGGAAGCAGGAGGAAGCGGGACACAUACGCGUUCGCACUUGGUACGAUUUCGCCGACGGGCGGGUGUGCUGUGAUUUUUCGGGGUGAACGCACGGUGAAGGUUCGCUCAGCAUGAGGGUGCAUCGCGGGAUCUGCGCCAAACUGCAAGGCGGUUUCCUCAGACGAUGGUGGGCGGCCGUGGCGAGUGGAGUCCUAUUAAUUAUAGUGGCCAUCGUUUUGGCGAUACUAUUCCCCAAUCUCAUCGAUCUGGUUUUGGACAAGGAACUCGUCAUACGGGAAGGCGGUCGCACGUACAAGUGGUGGAAGGACCCGCCGGUGGUGCCUCGUAUGCAGGUUUACAUUUACAAUGUGACGAACGCCGAUGAGUUCUUGAACAAUGGCGAGAAGCCCGCGCUGCAAGAGCUGGGCCCCUACGUUUACACGCAGCGCUGGGAAAAGACGGACAUCAAAUUCAACGACAAUGGAACCGUUACCUAUAAGGUCAAGAAAACGUUCGUCUACGCACCGGAGCUGUCAGCCGGCUCCGAGGAGGACUUGGUGGUCGUGCCGAACGUUCCCAUGUUGUCGGCUACCAGCCAGUCAAAGCACGCUGCCCGAUUCCUGCGUUUGGCCAUGGCGUCAAUUAUGGACAUCCUGAAGAUCAAGCCAUUCGUCGAAGUAUCAGUUGGUCAGUUACUCUGGGGUUAUGAGGAUCCUCUGCUGAAAUUGGCCAAGGACGUAGUGCCUAAGGAGCAAAAACUGCCGUACGACCAAUUUGGUCUGCUGUACGGCAAAAACUCCACCAUGCCGGACCUCUACACGAUAUUCACGGGCGCAAGUGAUAUCACCAAGUUCGGAAUGUUGGACAGGUGGAACGGUAAGGACACCUUAGGCCACUGGACCACGCAGGAGUGCGACUCCGUGAUGGGCACCGACGGCAGUAUAUUCCCGCCUCACAUCACUAAGCAGACCAUACUGAAGAUCUUCGACAAGGACCUCUGCAGAACGUUACCGUUAGUCUUUGAGCGCGAUGUGAUAGGCGCGGGAGAGGUUCCUGGUUAUAGAUUCGCGCCUCCGGAGAACGUCUUCACCUCGGUGGAGAAUCUACCCUCGCAGCAGUGCUACUGCCCAGCUGGGCCACCUUGUGCACCAGAAGGAACGUUCAACGUCUCUCUGUGCCAGUACGAUUCGCCGGUUCUCAUCACUUUCCCGCAUUUCUACCUAGCUGAUCCAGCCUUGAGAGAAGCUGUGACGGGUAUAUCGCCACCGCAUCGCGAGAAGCACCAGCUCUACAUCGACGUGCAACCGAUAAUGGGCACAGCUAUGAGGGCGCGCGCACGGGUGCAGAUAAAUCUGGCGGUUAGCCAGGUGCGAGACAUCAAGCAAGUCGCUUCGUUCCCCGACAUCGUUUUCCCCAUUAUGUGGUUCGAGGAUUGCGUCGACGAGCUUCCUCCGCAGAUGCGCUCUCUGUUGAAGCUGGCCGUGGAUCUGCCGCCGAUAGCUCGCGCCGCAGUGUCUGGCGUAAUCGGGGCGCUCGGCGUGAUCAUCCUGUUGGGCGCCCUGAUGUGCCUGGCUCGUGCCGCCAAGCGCCAGGAGAAGCUGCAUCUAAGCAAUCCGCUGCCGGCAAACGCGACCAACACCAAGAACGGCCAGCUGAACCCGGCCUUCCAGCACUCUAAGUAGACGCGAGGAAUCGACAAGUGCGAGGAGCUGCGCUCUCUCUCUCUCUCUAUCCGUCCGGCUCGCGACGGAUCGCACGUGAAUUUGCGCGCGAGUGUCGCGGGGACUUGUACGAUAAUCUAAUUAUCUAUAUGAUUAGGUUUAGGCGACGGGCAUGCUUUACUAUGUUUAGGACCAACGUAUUUUUUCGUACUUUAAUCUCGCGAUGGCGAGAAAGAGAGGACACUAUAAAUCCCAGUGUGGUAGUUUUGGGCGAGCAAGCGGGCAAUUUGGCUGGAGCUUUCUUCGUGUGUUUCUCGCGGCCUUAAGUCGUGUCAUUUAAAGCGUUUGAGGCGUGUAAAUUAGAAUUUAGCGUAUUCAAACGUGUCAAAUGGCGGGGCUUAAAACGAGAAACAUGUAAAAAGAAAUUCAGCCGGAAUAACACCUGGAUUUGCAGUGAGGGGAAGUGAGGACGACUCUCUUUCUGACUCGCGCAGUGAGAACUAUCGUGCACAUCGGCGCGCACGCCGAUGCGUUUUGUAUUGUUCGUGUGUUUCCUUCCUCGGUCCCCGGGGAGCUGUUUUGACAAGCGGCCGAGUCGCGUGAGUACAAAUAAAUUGCGAAUGACGGUUAUCGCUCCUCCCGGACGACGAGCAUGAGACGUGAAGCGGGUGUUGUCGGUGUUGCGUCGCGUUGUCGCACGAGAUGUGAUCGAAAACGAUGAAUUCGACGUUGGAUCCUGCGAGAGAGAGAGAACGGCUGAAUUCAUGGACACGAUGAAGCGCAACAAAUACGGUCUUAGAGAACGAAGCGUUGCGCGAUGAAUUUACGAGCAGUCGUUCUUUUAUUUACGAUAUUAAUUGUGAUUACGAUCGUUUUUUCGACGGACUCAUCUCGCGAGAGCUCCCUUUGUCCCAACUUUGCGAUCGACGACAUACUGCGACUCCAAAUAUGUUAUUUUGUCUGUGAAUCUUUUUAUAUGUCUCUUACCGUUCUAAGCCAUGUCAUUUAACACGUUGAACUAUGAUUUACACGUUUUAAAUGUGUUAAGUAACGUGACUUGAAACUACAAGAAACGUCUAAAAAGAGCUUCAGCUAAGUUACAUGUUUAUGCGUUAAAAAUAACACAUUUGAAUUUGCAGUGCAGUGAGUCUCGUAUCCACCAAACUCAAAAUCAGAUUUUGAAUAAUAGUCGAAUCGAUUUAGAGCAAAGUUGUUCUUUUAACUCUGUCGACAUCUCGAUCAUUUAAACCAGUUUCUUUUUAUCAUCGUCAAGGAGAGGUCGAAAUCCAACGUUUAUUAUAGAGUUUCUUUAUCAGCAUGACGUUCAAAAAUUAUAUAAGAACUGAAAGAAAAAAAUUAUUCGACCACACGAUUGAGAUAUUCCUGUAAGGUACUUCGCGGCUGACAUUUACGACGUAUCUUCUUUUUGCCGAAAUUAUUUUAAACUGUUUAAUAAGCUGCUCUUUUGACGCGUGCGUUUCGUGAUCGUUUCAGGAUUUUAUAUUGUUUAAUCGCGAGACACACAAUACAGACGAUUAUCGCCGCGAAUACUUACGUAAGAUCGGAGAUGAUGCGAAUUGAUAUUCCGUCCAGGACGUGCCCGAGGCCAAGCUGCAUUGGCGACUUUAAUCCGGGAUUUCACGCGUUCUGCUGUCGUCGCGACCAAGAAGAAGUUAGCGAUACGAGUUACGUGCAUCGCGGCGUUAUAGUAAAACGAGAGAAAUUCUACUUGUAAAUACAACCUGGCCGCCGUUAUCGUCUACUGAUUGUAAUUAUCACGAGUGUACUAUUUCUCGUUAUUCGUUUGUACACAUGUAUUACUAUUAUAUUAUUAUUAUUAUUAUAUUAUAUUAUAUUAUAUUAUAAAUAAUAUUAACUGUGCGUAGAUAUAAUUAGACGUUAAAUAAAUUUACUUUUGUAUGAUAGAAAUCAAAAGAUGCCAAAUGAAUUGCGCCCGCGUGCCUGCGCGAAAUCGGAUCAUCGGUGUCAUUGUAAUCGUUAUGCAUAUGGUUGUAACCUCUUCUUUCUCUGCGUUCUCGGCAUGUAUCUUAUUAGACUAACAUUCGCGCGUAUAUGUAAAUCUUGUGAGAGAAGAAAAACAGAGGACACGAUCGGAAGGAUCCCGAAUGGAGGAUCCUUUGUCUCUGUCCCGGAAAGAUUUCCAUUCUCUCCCUCUUUCUGUCUCUGUCUCUAUCUGUCUCUUUCUCUCUCUCUCUCUGUCUCUCUCUCUUUCUUUCUCUCUCUCUGUCUAUCUCAGUCUCGAGCGAACAAAAUCGAAUCUCUUGGUUCUGUCUCGAUCCUUUUCCUGAUUUCUCCACGAAAAGGAACGAGAAAUUGAGGGAGAUCGCGUAAUAGAUAUAAGAAAUAAGAAAAAUAUAUGGUAGAAGGAAAUUUCGAUUGUGUGUCGAUUUGAUUAAUAUGUCCACGCGCAGCCCACUCCCGCCGCCGCGAAUCGCAUGAUUUGUUACUAUGACGCGCGCUCGUCAUUAUGCGCAAUAUUGUAAUAUGUUAUCGCGCGCAUACGAUCGUUAAUUCGCGCACACAGCACGCGAGAGUGUACUUACAGCGCGCGGGGUAGAAACGCGUCUUUCGCAUCGCGCGAUGUGAAAACAAGUUUCCCCACUGACGGAGAAAUUGCCACGCGAAUUGACGCGUUUUCGCUCGUCUUCUCGGAACGCGUCGUCAGGGGGUUAUCGGCGGUGUUAAGUGCGACAACGAGACAAAUUCCCGAUACAUGUAUGCUGAC